AUGACUUUGAUAGAUACAGCCGCUUUCUUCGGUUCAGAAGAAUGCUUUAAAUACCUAUUUGCCAAUAAUGCUAAAACAUCUAUUCAUACUCUAAAAGCAGCAAUAAUUGGUGGAAAUUUCUUUAUAAUCAACACAGUUGAACAAAACAUUACAGGAAUUACAAACGAAUGUCUUGAGCUUGCUAUACUAACACAUUCUGAUGAUGUUGCAGACUAUUUUAUCGAUAAAUACCAGUUAGAUUAUUCUUAUCGUUCCAGUUUAUCAACAGGAAACAUUUAUUUCUUUUUCAAGAAGUAUUUUAACAUGGGAUCAAAUCCAAAUACACUGGAUUCAACAAAACUAAACGCUCUUCAAGCAGCAACAUUUUUUGAUUUUUCUAGCAUUGUUGAGUACUUGAUUGAUAAUGGUGGUGACAUUAAUCUUGAAGAUAAUAUGGGAAAUACUCCUUUGACUAUUUCUGUGUUUAAUAAUUGCGAAUUAUGCGCUGAUUUAUUAAUUAAACGUGGAGCACAAGUAGAUGCAAAGGAUAUGUUCGGGAGAACACCUUUAUUAAUCGCUUGCAUAUCAGAACGAGGAAAUAUUGUUAAAAUACUUAUAGAAAAUAAGGCAGAUGUAAAUUACAUGUCAGAAGAUCAUUCAACGCCAAUUUGCAUUGCUACAGAACGCGAAAAUAGUAAGAUUAUUAAACUUCUAUUAGAUAAUGGCGCAAAUAUUGAGUUAACAGAUCAAUUCCAAAAUACUCCUUUAAUAAUCAGUGUUAAGAACAAACAUCUUGAAGCUGCAAGAACUUUGCUUGAAUAUAAUGCAAAUGUUAACGCUAAAAACAAGAAUGGAAUGACUUCCUUGCAUUUUGUUGAAAAAUUUGGAGAAGAUUGCAAUGAAAUCUUUGAUUUACUUAUUAAAUAUAAUGCAAAUCCGAAUAUAAAGAAUAACGGAGGUGAUAUUCCUCUAAAAUAUGCUAAACAGGUAGAAAAUUCUCAUACUAUUUCUAUAUUAGAAUCAAUGGCUUAG